CUUCAUGGUCCGCAAGCUGUAUUCUCUUGUUGCUGGUGAAUGUUCCCCAGAUAACCCAGAUUCCCCGCAAAACCAAGAAAUUCUUCUGGGCGGGCAUCUUUAUGGAAUGCUUAUUAAAGAGAAACUUGGUGACUGCUUAAAUGCUAUCCGUGCAGUAAUUACUGCAGACUUGGCAUAUUUUCUUGCUACAGGAAAUCUUGCUUCUAGCAGUGGAUUAGAUUUGAUGCAGGCUACUGGCUAUACUAUAGUAGCAGAAAAACUUAAUUUUUAUCGCUAUAUCUCACAUUUUCGGUGUGUUCAUCGUGGAUCUUUCUUUACUCAAAUGAAAACAACUACUGUACGGAAACUUUUACCAGAAUCUCAUUUAAUAUUACUUGUAGAGUUGAUUCAUUUGAAUCAAUUAAUUGGCCAAGCAGGGUUUAUUUGUCCAGUACAUACUCCGGAUGGUGAACCAUGUGGAUUGCUUAACCAUCUUUCCCACACUUGUAGGAUUAUUACCACCAAGCCUAACGUGGAGAUGAUUCCAACAAUAUUGGCAGAAAUGGGUAUAAUAAACAGAUUAACAACAGGCACCCGUGAUACUAAAAAAAGUUUUUUAUGUAUGCAGUUGGAUGGAAAAAUUUUAGGCUGGUGUGAAACGGGACAUGCACAAUCAAUUGUGAAUAAGCUGCGGUUGUUAAAGUUUGAAGAUGAGAUCUCUAUUGACCUUGAAAUCGGAUAUGUUCCUCCUUCUAAUGGUGGACAAUAUCCAGGCAUUUACUUAUUUUCUGAACAAUCGCGUAUGAUGCGACCUGUCAGAUAUCUUGUCAAUAAUGAAAUUGAUAUGGUCGGAUCAUUUGAGCAGGUAUAUAUGAAUAUUGCGUGUUUACAAGAAGAUAUCAUCAAAGGUGUAACAACCCACAUAGAGAUUGAACCCACAAGCAUGUUAAGCAUUCUAGCUAAUUUAACACCAUUUUCCGAUUACAACCAAAGCCCUCGUAAUAUGUAUCAGUGUCAGGUAGUUAGUCUUGAUGAAUUCUAUGAAUCUGGUAUUAAGCAUCAUUUUGGUCUCGGUGAAGACGUACCACCAUCAUUGCGAGAAAAACUCGAUAAUGAUGGUUUACCGUUUAUUGGUGCACGAUUAAAAACGGGAGAUCCCUUAUGUGCAUAUAUAGAUGACACACAAGGAGGAAAAACAAUUGUGAAGCAAUAUAAAGGAUCGGAGGAUGCCUAUGUGGAUCAGGUUAGAUUACUCGGAGAUGACUUGGGCAUAUAUGAAGUUCAAAAA